UGACUGGCACGGUUUUCACUUCUCUCACUCGUCAAACGCCCAACCCCUCUCUCUCUCUUCCUCCUUCGCGCAUUCCUUAACUCCGCGGCUUAGAUCCGAGGAGUUCGGGAAACCCUAAUUUCCAGAAAAACCAGUACAAAGCUCUCUUCCGUUGCUCUCUAUCUCUCUUCGCCUUCAACUUUCUGACUCAUCACCCGCAGUCAUGGCAGCAGCACCUGAAGGAUCGCAAUUUGACACUCGUCAGUAUGAUACCAAAAUGAGCGAAUUACUUGCAACUGAUGGGCAGGAAUUCUUUACAUCAUACGAUGAAGUUUAUGAUAGUUUUGACGCUAUGGGUCUUCAAGAGAAUCUUCUCAGGGGAAUCUAUGCUUACGGUUUUGAAAAACCCUCGGCUAUUCAGCAGAGGGGAAUUGUUCCCUUCUGCAAGGGUCUUGAUGUGAUUCAGCAGGCUCAGUCUGGAACUGGAAAGACAGCAACUUUCUGUUCCGGUAUCCUUCAACAGCUUGAUUAUAGUUUGACAGAAUGCCAAGCCUUGGUUCUUGCACCCACUCGAGAGCUUGCUCAACAGAUUGAGAAGGUUAUGAGGGCUCUUGGAGACUAUCUAGGUGUAAGGGUGCAUGCUUGUGUUGGUGGAACCAGUGUCCGUGAGGACCAACGCAUUCUGUCAAAUGGAGUGCAUGUUGUUGUUGGAACUCCCGGUCGUGUUUUUGACAUGCUUAGAAGGCAGUCACUUCGUCCUGAUAGUAUCAAGAUGUUUGUUUUGGAUGAGGCUGAUGAAAUGCUUUCCCGUGGUUUCAAGGAUCAGAUCUACGAUAUAUUCCAGCUUCUUCCAUCAAAGAUUCAGGUUGGUGUGUUCUCUGCGACAAUGCCGCCUGAGGCUCUUGAGAUCACAAGGAAGUUCAUGAACAAACCUGUGAGGAUUCUAGUGAAGCGUGAUGAGCUCACCCUGGAAGGUAUAAAGCAGUUCUAUGUCAAUGUCGACAAGGAGGAAUGGAAGCUUGAGACUCUUUGCGAUCUUUAUGAGACCUUGGCCAUUACCCAGAGUGUCAUUUUUGUCAAUACUCGACGCAAGGUUGACUGGUUGACUGACAAGAUGAGGAGCAGAGACCAUACAGUUUCUGCCACCCAUGGAGACAUGGACCAGAACACCAGAGACAUCAUCAUGCGGGAAUUCCGUUCUGGGUCAUCUCGUGUGUUGAUCACCACUGAUCUUUUGGCUCGUGGUAUUGACGUGCAGCAAGUCUCCCUUGUUAUUAACUAUGAUCUGCCCACCCAGCCCGAGAACUACCUCCACAGAAUUGGUCGUAGUGGACGUUUUGGAAGGAAGGGUGUUGCCAUCAACUUCGUAACAAAGGAUGAUGAGAGGAUGCUGUUUGACAUCCAGAAGUUCUAUAACGUGGUUGUGGAGGAGCUGCCAUCAAACGUCGCUGAUCUCCUCUGAUGAGAUUUUGUCUUCUUAAUUACUCAAGGAAAAAUCCGGUAGUAAGUGUUGAUUUGAUUGAAGUUUAUUUUCUGUUUUUCGUCCAUUGAGGCCGCCACAUCCCGCCAUUUUGUGUCUUCUCUUAUAUUAUUAUAGAGUCUAGUUAUUUAAUUUACGGUUGUUGGAUUAAUUUAAUUAAAGUCGCACAAGUUAAACUUGCAAUGUGAAAACCUUCAUUGCCUGAAUUGGUUGUGGUGGCCAAUCUGUUGUUGCAUACUUUCUACCAUAUUAUUAAUGUAUGUAUUUUUUUGAGCUAUGAA